AUGUACAGACUAGAAAUGCAGUUACACUGUUACAGCAUUAUUGUCAUGGUUGCUGCAACAGGUUUCAUUGCUGAACGAAACCAUACUGUCAGUUCCAUGUUGCUCCAAGUUCUAACCGCAGCUGCCAUGCACGUGAACGCACGCCAAGACAUCUUACCACGAUAUAAAUUGGAAGUUCGAUCAUUCAUUCCAGUUGACUUAAUUGUAGUCGAAAAUACAGUUGAACAAGCUAUACAAGAUGGCGUCCAUGCUGUUCUUUCGUUUACUUCUUGUGUGGUUGCUAUUCAACUGAGGUUCUUUAUGUUGAAAACAGGGCUGCCUCAUUUCGUCAUCAAUCAUGGACUGUGUCAACUGCCAUCUGGCGGAAAUAUUUUUAUUGACAGAACAAGAGACUAUGACGUAACCGAUGCUAUUGCCGAUGUUAUCAGUUCUACUAAGUCUCGUGACGUAAUUCUUUUACACGACGAAAUUAAUGGUAGCUAA